AUGUAUUUGUGUGGGAAGCGAAGUAAAGUCAACGUAGAAAAAUUCUACGAAAAUCAAAAAGAACUCAUCGAAGCCUGGAAAGAAGAUGAAAGGCAUUUGCACAACAGCGUCAGUGUGGAUGAUCAGGUGGCGCAAGCAGCAAGCGAGCAACGAACAAAGGUAUGGGACACUCGACUGACAAUCAUAACGAUUGUUUUAAAUGUGACGCUGAUUGGCGCAAAGACGACAGCUGCCGUUCUUUCUGAUUCAUUGGCCAUAGUUGCUUCAGUGGUAGACAGUGCUAUGGAUAUCACCUCCGGAUUGGUUUUGUGGUACACAUGUCGAUUGAUUGAGAGAUACAACAAGCAUCACUAUCCUGUCGGCUUAAAUCGGUGA